GCGAACGAGCGCAGGUGGUUUUGAAGAGUCCCCGGUAUUACGGUCGGCUCACAAUGAACGUGUCGAACGUGGGGCCGGCAACACCUGGAAAUAAUAGAGCUCGCCGCAAUGCAGAAUUUCGGUGCUCCGAACAGCUAAGAUGGUAGAAAAUCAAACGCAUUCAUCGCUCAACAAACCGUUCGUCGAGUUCAAAGGGAAUCAUGUACAAAGAUACGUAUGUGCCAUACAAGAGGAUCAUCAUCGUUCGAUGCAGUAUCGAUAUCGAUAUUCGCAAAGCGGGCUCGCUUUGACGGCGAACAGUCGACGAUCAAUAGAUAAGUUACGGUCAAACGGAAAUCCAGUCGAGUAUAUGUACAAGCUGGUGGUAGCUGGCCGUUUGAAUGUCGGCGAGAAAGAGCGGAAAAGAAGAAGAGGAUAGGUCGACGACGGGUGCAAAGGAUGCAGGGUGAGAAGGGGGUAAAGGAUAUCGGCUCGUCUCUACCGUUGAGAACUUCUUGAUGCAGUUCUGCCCGGAUAUAUUCGGGCAAAGUCGAAAAGAUAGCCAGCCUUCCUAUUUCAUCGCGGCCCGUGAAGCGUGCCAUGCAAACUUCGAUCCCUUGGCAAAAGCCCUCCAAGUGUUAUCGAUAGUACGUCGGAUCGUGGCAGGACCUCUCGUAAAUACUUAGCCAGCCAGCUGCUUGGAUAUUCGAGACACGAUGCCGGCUAACAUCGAUAUCCUCGGUUCAUUCAUCUGAAACUAUGAGACAAUUUCUCAGUUCUCGAGGAUAGUCGAUUGGGUCUCCAUUUGGCAAGAUGGAUCUUUCUGAUUUCUUCUUUCAAAGAUAGCAUUUAUCGUUCGAAAUUGAACCAUUUUAGAUUCCAUAUUGUUAAAUUUAUAUCUCGUAAAUCAGAAUUUAAAUGCAUUUUAUUAUUAUACACUUUCGUAUUGACGAAGCUAUUUUUCAGCUUAUCAAAAUGAAAGAAGGCAAGAAUGAUCACAGAAGAUCACAGAGGAAAGGAAAGAUCGGAACGCUUCUAAUCAGCAAUCCGUGUUCACCGUGAUUGUCAGAUUGAGUCGAACGGAUUUAAACGACGGCUCGUUUAUUCCGAGCGUUUCAAUUUUGCCCCAUUUGCGCAAAAGAUUGCACUUUGAAAGAAUCGGAUCGACGCGAGCGUGGAGGGCGUUCGUGUUACUUGAGAAACGACUUCCAUCCUCUCCCUCGAGGAACAAAUCGCUCGUGUAUUAGUGGAAAAUGAUCUAACUGCUCGGCUUCUCUAGAUUACUUCGGCUGAAAAAUGAUCGCGCUUAAUCGUGAUCACUCGACGAAAUUGGAGCCGAGGAUCGUUGCAUCGUAAAAUGAAUUCGAACGAUGGAAAACGUUCGAAGCUGCAUCGAAUAAUUGAUUUCUUUUUAGCAUCUGAUGGUUCAAUUGCCCAAUUAAUUAUUUAAUCAAAUUAAAUACCUGGUCUGAUGAAAUAAAUAUUCGCGAAACUGUUCAUUUUUAAAACGUUCUCUACGUCAUUUCAUUCAGCAUAAAGUAGUCAACCUCUGAACAUGUCCGCUUCGCUCUAACACAGCGUCACAAUGGAAAUCCUUUGUUCGUAGCGGCAAACGAGGCAGGUAGUCAGCUUCAUAAAAAAAAAAAAAGAAAAAAGAAAAGCCGAGCCUUCUACAGCCAUUUUCUCGCAAUUACAUUCAGACCAGUUAGCAGCCACUCGGCCAGGCAUUGUCCGCCAAGGGGACAGACUAGGAAGUGCAAGUUAACGUUAACGGACUCCGUUGUAGGAGCGUCGACUUCGUUACAGCUUGUCGGCCGCUCCGCCUCGCUUUUGUCCCCGUAAUAGAGUAUUAAGCAGUUGGGAUCUGAUAAAGGCCAUUUCUACAAACACACUGUUCCACGUCGCGAGAGGUCCGACUUCACGCUGGCUACGGAAUCCAACGACCAGUCACGAACGAUUUAACUCAAGAAUAACAGCCCCGACAAAGGGAUCGACUUCAUUUAAAUGUGAUCUUCUCCCCGAGUGACGGUAUCGACCCACCACGUACGAAACGCUUAACAUUUCGUUUGCAUACCUUUCGAGGGCGAAAGUUUCCGACAGAAACAACAAACCGAGGAACUUCUUUCACGGUAGGAGUGGCCUCUUUACGUUUUUUCGCUCUUUUCGUAUUUCACAACGGCGAUGGAAGUUUCCUUCGGAUUCUGCUGUUACUUUAAUUAAGAGGGAGCUAACUUUCGAGAAGGAAAUAACUUGUACAUUGAAAAAUGACUCGGUUAACAGGCUGAAUACCCUCGAAAAUCUAACGUCAUCAAUGUAACGAGCUCUUCCCAACCAUCUCCGUGGAAGAUCAGGGCAUAGUCGAGCGAAUUCACGAGCGGUCCCGAGGUGGGUAGAGAAAUUUUCAAGAGAAACGAAACCGAUUUAAACAAGAUCUUAUCCAUACUGCGAUCGAUCACGUGCUCGCAGCCGGAUACUUGGAAAAUGUUCGCUAUUUCUUUAGCAUCCGGUCCCGAGGAGUCGGGGCUGGCUCGGUGAACCAUCCAACUUUUUACCGCGAAUGAAACUCGAACUUUUCUCCUGUCCGAUACAAGUUGCCCGACGUUUAACUGCUUUUAUAGUUUAUAAAUAUGUUGUCGGACGCCAAGCUGGCGUGCAAUUAAAUUCUCCGCAGUUCUUGCUGGUACGUUCGAGAAAUUUUCCCGGUUUCACCCUGUCUACCGUCGACGUUUUAAAAAAGAAGAGAAUCUAAUAAGAGUCGAUAGUGUUUUUAGUAAAAAUUUCGGAGAUGGAGGAAAAAUAAAUACGCGAAUAACAGGAGCGAAAUGGAGAAAAAUUUUUUAAAUAACUUUUUCCUUUGCACGGUCCCGUUCUAUUUUAAAAUAUAACAAGCAGCAGAAGAAUGAAAGAAUUGAUCAUCUUUCAAUUUGACGUCUAGUAAAGAAGGACGUUUACGAGCUCCGUAGGGAGGAGCCGAAGUCAUCGAAGUGAUCGUUUCGAAAAACGAGCAAUAUAGAGAGGCUUCGACGGUGAGAGAAGCGGAUUAAUGAAAAGAAAAUCGAUGGUACGGGGUUAUCGAUGGGUUGAGAAGCGUGCGAAAGAGAGUGCAAAAACGAUGGUGAAGAGGAUGAAGAAGAGGAGGAGGAGUACUCGUAAGCCUGCAAAGAUUGGAAGCGAGGUGUAACGUGGAGCAAGCUGCGAGAUGUUGGAUCGCAAGCAGCCGGAUCAGGUUGGAAAAGUGUUUAGGGUGGUGGGUUAUGCUCGACUUCGUCGGCAAAUGAGAUCGAGUGAAAACUGUUCGCGAACCGAUUCUCCGGCUGGAAUGUAUCACUUCGGUGUAGACGCGGGUGAUUAAUGGGCUCCUCAUGGAAAAGAAUCUCGUUUACGUCGAAGAAAAGCACGACGUUACCGACAUGCCACGAUUACAAUUGAUUCAACCUACUCUGAAAUGUGUUUCACCCCCGACGAAUCGAAACUUUCUCGAGAAACUCUCGUCCUGACAGUUGUUCUAUCGCUUGCUAACUACCAUCGGCAAUUUAAAAAAAUUCGCAAUUCAUUGAAUGGUACCACGGCAAUCUCGUUUAGGCUGUAUCUUGUUCGACGGUUAUGAAAUUCCAAGAACCUUCUCGUCGCUCCGAUAUUAAUCUUUUAAUCUUUGAACAGUGACGAUGAAACCGUGGCGAAGUACGCAACUCAAUUAUAAUCAACGGCACGGUACGCCGAAAACUUUUCAUCUCGUGAUUGAUCAAUGAAAAGUUUCACGGGCAUGAAAAAAAAAAACGUCUGAUAAAGAGACGGACGAAGGAGAUACUUGGUAGCUAAGAUGGACGGGGUUUCAGAGGGGAAAUAAGUCGAAACGAGGCAUGCAUCCGUACACAAGAAGCCCAGUGAAACAGCGAGGGGAUCAAAGUAUUGGUGGACAUGAUAGAGGAGCAUGUCCCGAAGCGGCUGAGAUCCGAGGCCAGCUCGUUGCUCACUCGAGAGACGAAGAUGAAUGGCAUCAGCUUGAAUCCCGACAGAAUCCAUCCACCAUCGACUUACCAGCCUGCAAGGCCAUCUUCUUCUUCUUUUUCCUCGAUUUCUUCGCUCCGUGCGAUUACCUUCGUUGGAAAAUUUUUACCACCAUUCUCGCGAAUUUUAUCUCACCAUCGUUUCGUCCAUCGACGAAACAGAAUUGAAUAUCCUCGUGUUAAGUGUCAUUUUUUAAGUUUUAAAAAGGUGGGUCAAUUUUAUUCAGAAUCAGUUGCAAUUAUUUAAAGUGUAUCAUUUUGUAAGGGGAUGAUUAAGUUGAAAAAGAGAUAAGGAGAAAAUUGUGGUGAAAGUUAUUGCAAAAUACUUGGAGGAGCAUAAUUACCAAAGUAUCGAAAAGAAUUUCAUUGGCACGCCGGCUGGUGAAAUUUACUCGGAGGAAAAACUGAAAAGAUGUUCAGUUGAUCGGGGGAAUGCAAAUCUCCGGGGGCUUUUAAUUAGCUGCCGCUCCCGUUUAAACGCAGCCUAAGUUGUUCCGUGACAGGGUCUGAGAUUCAGGUCGAAAUUGAAUUUCACCAAAGAAUGAGAAGAGUUCUUCGGGAAAUCGAAUCAAGGCCAGAUCUCCUGACACCUCGUUAAAUGGAAAAUUCCGUCGGAUUUCAACGAGGACAAAAAAACGCUCGUUGACGAGACGUUACGUUAUCAUCGGCCAGUAAAAACCGAUGUAAUUUAUUUUAAUAUCUAGAAAACCGGUAUAUUAAACUUAUUGUAAAUUUCAUCGUUACUAAAAUCUUUGGAAAACUUUUCUGAUGAAGCUUGAAAUUUUGCCUGUUCGUGAGUUGACAAGUUUCGUAAAAUGGAAAAGGACAGGAAAUCGGUUAACGGAGAGGGACGAGAUCGUAUACGGUCCAUGACAACAUGAUCGAAGCGGAACGAAAUGAUUCUCGAGGGAGACACUCUGUCAAAUCAGCUUCUGCUGUCUUUUAUUAUGUUGCCCUUUAGUGCUGCACCAAACACCAGACAAUAUGCUUGAUUGCUCUGUUCUCCAGAAAGGGUUGAAAAUUGAAUUCACAGCAAUUUUAUUUUUGCCAAGUCAUUAAAAAUCAUUGUGCGAAUCAAUCGACAAUUAAAAAAAAGUAAAUUUAAAAAAGGGACCUAAAUCAUUUAGCAAACAGAAAAAAAGAUAAAAAUAAGCUAUCGAGAAAAGCUACGAAUCACUUAGCGGUUAAAAAAGGUGGAUAUUCGUAGAUUUUAGCGCUAUAUUCGAUAGUUGGUAUUAUCAAUGUACGUCCCGUGACGUUCGAGGUAGUUCCCGCGAUAAAAUCUACGGAAUCCUUGCCAGAAAUGAGGUCAUUCGAGUGGAAUCGAACUUCUGUAUCUCCCGAUUUCCUUACGCGAUUUAUUCCCACGAUUUCUCGCGUAAGGAACGAAACGUGUUUCAUCGUGCUGUAUUAUUUCAACGGCGCCAAAUAUCGCGAAAUGCGAAUAGAUUGGGGCGCGAAACUGAAAUCGUUUCUUCUCAUAAUUCUAUCGCUACAGUUCCUCUUCGAUCGUAUCGAUAAAUCUCUGAAUCCUUGUUUUAUUAGAGUUCGUUCCACGUUGAAAUUUAAUCGAUCGAUCUUGACAACUUUCUUAAGCUUUAAACAGAAAUUUUAUUACCGACUGGAAAACUUAUUCGUUCGGAAAAUAUGAAGAACAUAAGAACGUUACUUUUCAACGCAAAAAUUCCAGAAAGUUGUUUUCCCAGUGCCUUGCAAGUUUAAAACGUCCAUGUUUAAAAACUUGUAAAAUGAUAUUCGGUGUAUUCAAGUUGCAGCUUAUAGCGAGUUGUAUAUUUACAAAGUUUGCAAGCCGGAAAUGAAAGUUGGUAAUUUACGCAUAAUGAAAGCUGGAAAAAUAUUUUCUAAGAACACUAGUUUUUCGUGUUAAUUACUUGCUAGAAACAGCGGCGAAGUGAAAUGAUGUAUCACGUAGCUGAAGAGUAAGAAGAAACGCUUGAAAAUGGUAAAAGAAUUGUAAAAUAAAAAUCUUCUUCCGCCGAUAAUCUUCUUUAACGAGUGUUCAUCAAUCUGAACGGGAGGAAAGAAAAGCGUUCGAUAGACAAAUAUAAAUAACGUUGCUUUUUCAUCGACCAUCGACAUCAUCGACGUAUUGGCGGGCACAGCAAAAUGAACCACGUUCUUUUGCAACCGGGUUUUAUCGAAGUUUAUCCUGGAGAAAGCCCUUUAAAGGACAGUCAUUAAUCAACGCGUUUUUUGCUGUGACGUCAACUCUUCACUUUUCUAUGCUUUGCCAUUGCAACCGUGGCAAAAGGUUCACCUGAAGCACGAUCGCGCUCGUUCGAUAUUACCCGAACAUAAAUGGUAGGGUAGAUUAAUUAAACAAAAAGAACAAUAAUUGCCACGAAAAUUGCAUCUACAACACGAAAAAUUAGAAAAUUACUUUUUCAGUAUCUUUAACGCCACGAGGGAAAACUGUAAUUUAAGCAAGCAACGUCGUUCUUUAUUAAAACCAACUCAUGAGCAUGAAUUUUCCUGCACUAAAUGUUGGAAGCAUUCGAAUGGAAAACUCUGAUCAAAGGUGCAAGUUAAAAAUGAGGCAAGGCUUUCUUCAAUAAGAAAUAAUACAAAAUAAAACCCGUGGAUAUAUUUUUCAACGAUGAAUUCGCAACCCUAACACAAGGUUGCGAGACGUACCGUCCAUCUAUACGGGAAACGACACGUGUUACGUCGAUACUCGAGGCGCCGAAUACAUUAGGACGUCUGCUUUCGACGAUUACGUGCUUCAAAUCUAUCGACUUCGAAUAUUUCGCAAUCUGAUGUCAACUUAUAAUAGUUAUAAAUUCCACGAAUCGAGGACUAUAGAUAAAUGUUUCAUUCCUUUAUAAGUUUGACUCAUGAAAAUUAACUACCAAGAUUUCUCGGUAGACAUCUGCUUUACGUAUCUAAUAUUCCUUUAAUUUAUAAAAUUCCUAUUAUUCGUACAGUUCUGUCGAUGCCCCAGAAUUCCUGUUUCUGCGUUCCAUUCAAUUCCAGCUCGUAUUUUUCAAACCACGAGGAUCGCAGAAAAAUCUCUCGAAUCCACUAAACUUCUACGGAUUACCCGAACUUUCAAACAUUCUUAGCCUUCCAGAUUUACCAGAGAAUGCCACGGACGAAUCCGAAACGGAGUCCCGCGAUAAUUAGAUUAAUUUCCAUCGGUCCGUUGCUUCUAAUUCAACGCCCUUCGGUUGGUGUAAACGAAAAAACGAUCUCAGCAGUAGGGACAAGACGUCGAGCAGUUUCAGGGAGUUACAUUCCAUCGUGGAUUUUCAAAUUACCGGAUUAUCUGGAUGAAAAGUAGCUAGCGCAGCGAGUAUCCGGCCCGCUUAGCGUCGGCUUGCGGCGAGCCCGGCUUUAAGCUCGAUUAUGUCGACGCGACGCCUCGGCUCGUUUUAAAUAGAGAAGAAGAAUUGUGCACCCGCGGUUCAGUCGGCUGCCUGAAAUUUCAUCGUCCCAUAGAUUCCGUGCCCUUUCCUCCAAACGAUGUUUUAUUUCUUAGGGAAACGCUGUUUCGACAUAACCGCGCGCCGAAGUACGUAUUUUAGAAACCGUUCCACGUAAUAUCCGUGUCGCACCGUGAACAAUAUCCGUGUCAUUCAGCCUGUCUAAGUAAACGACGGUAUUUUAACGCGAUCGCAAAAUCGAUGCAAACCUAAUAUAAAAGUUUUGUACAGGUUCGUUCUAGAAACUAGGACGACAUUUUGUCAUUUAUUUGACGAGCACAAUUAUUCAUUUUAUCAUAAUUAAAUUUUCAUUAUUACAUUUUUUUAUCGAAGGAUAAUAAGAAAAAUAAAUUUAAUAUAAAGCUUAGUCAAUUUAAUUCGUUCUAUUUUAAUGAUCCAUAUACUUAAACUUUCGUAACUUGGUAUACGAAAAGAAAAUCUACAGGAAAUAAGUAAAACACGUCCCAGUCUCUAGAAUCAGCCUGUACAUCCGAUUGCAACCGCUAUAUAACCGUGUCUCGCGUUCGCCUCGCUUAUCGUUUGCAUAAUUCCCAACGAUCCGGCAAGUUGUUUGGCAAAAACGUUCAACGAACAAUCGUCCACCAUCUAACUGUCCUACUGUAACGAUCGAAUAACUGAAACGUCCUCGUAACAGGCAUGAGAUAAUGCGAGCGAGAAACGAUUUCGCGUAAGAACGUUUCGAAACAUAAACGCUUUCGCGAUGCCAACGAUCCCGAUAUCGUUAUGUCACUCGAUUGUUCGCCGAUCGAUCCGGAACGUCGCGUCGUUUUAUUCCCGUGAUCAUGGAAAGCGUGAAACCGCUUCGUUUCACGAUUUUUCACCGAUCGCUUGAUGGUUCAUGGCUCGCUUUUCAUUCAUUCAUGAUAACGUUUUAAAAGGCAAGCUGUGUUUUUAUUAUCCAUCCUGUCAUUCAAUUUAUUCGUACCAGAUUGUAAAUCACUGCAUGUAGAAGUUUGAGUGUACUUGUAAAAUAUAUGUCACUGAUUGUACGAACAAUCUACUCACUUUUGUUUUUCAUUGAGCUUCGAUUUUGAAAAGGUCCUCCGUUUCGUGUUCGGGUCCAUUUCGCAAACAGAAUGAUUCGAAGCUAUUUGAAUUUGAAUGAAAUGAAAUGGUACAUAGUAUUGGUAAAUAGAAUUAAAUCAAAUAUUAGGGGUAUAUGAAAGUUUUUAUCGCGAAAGAAUAGAUAACAAAAUUUUUGCUAAGUAUCUCGUUUAUUGAAAUCAACAAUUUUUAUAAUAAUUCAUAGAAAAUGUUUCGCUAAAAAUAGUUCAGGUAGGAUCUUACGAAAUCCUUUUGAUUUCCAAUAUCCUCCACGGGGUAUCCCUUCUUCCUUCUAGAAAAUUCGAGGGAGAAGAGGUGGGUGGGAGGAGCUGGAUAAAGCAGCCACUGUCGAACUUAACCAACAAACAAUCGACAUCGAUAUCGGUGAAUCGACGACAUGUGGUGUAGACUGAUCGUGCUCUUUUUCAUUUUCUGCUGUUCGAUCGAGGCACUCGGCUUCGACGACGUCGUCAGCGUCGAGUCGCUUCGUCGGGACGUUCGUGAACCAUUACCGUUCGCCACGGAAGUCGAGGACCUGCUGGGCCAAGGAAAUUCACCGGCGAACGAUCGCGCCUCUAAAAAGCAUAUGAAAAAUGUAUCUGGCAAGUCGGACGAAGGAGGAUACUACAAGACGUACGGCAGCGACGCGGAGGGUGAAAAGGGUUACUUGAAAGCAACCUUUAGCAAGGGCAAUCACGGAUACAAGAACCUCGACACCUUCCACAAGCAGGAUGGCGACAAGUACGCAUUCGAGAAGCACAUUGCCUACGGCAAAGCGCAGGCUGACAAGAAAAGUGGCCACAACGUGGCUGCAGCGUCUCGUUCCAGGAAGGGUGGCGACUACGAGGGUGCAGGUACCAUCGUGGAUUCUCACUAUACAGCCGACGAAGGGGACCAUGGAGAUCACAGCGGCGAACACGUCGAAGGUGAUCACAGUGGUUAUAGCGAGGGUGCUCACUACACGGAUCAUGGACCAGAAUCCUCGAGUUACGGUCAUAGCGAGGGCUAUGCAACCAAAGACGGUGACCAUGGUUCUUACGAAAGCCACAGCUCCUACUCGAGAGACUACGGGGACGAACAAGAAGACCAGGGAGGCCAUUACUAUUAAUCCUUAGCCGACUGAGUUGCUUUCCACUUGUCUGCCGUUCUACUCGAAACCUUUAGACAAUGGAGCUAUCUUCCAGUCGUGACUGUAUUUCGAGCUUCUUUGAGAGAUUUGCAACCUGGGAAGGUACGAUGCAGGUUGAUUUUCUUGUGUUUCUGUACACUUGAUAAAGCUUAUCCUAGUUAGUGUGGUUAUCGGUUUGAAAGAACGCAUUGGUACCAUUUCUGAGCAUAGGUUGCUCGUAAAUUAGAAGGGUAAUGGUUGGAAACUAAACGUUCUUUGAACACGUUCAUGGAUUGAAAGAAGUGAGUUUCUUUAACUUGUAAAUUGUUGGGAUAAUCUAUUGAGAUUUGUGGUGAAGAAGAAAGGAAAAGUGAUAUUUUGUGUGAUACGAUAGCUUAUAAAUAAAAUAAAAUAUCGAUAAAAUUUAAGUAUAAAAUAGAGCGAGCUCUAAUAUUCAUUUUUUACGUUGAAAAUGUACUUCGUAUACUUUCGAAUUCGAUUUUCUCCAACAUGAAACCUCGUUGUAAAUUACGCACAGCAUGAGUGCUUCUUGGACAUGGAGCACCAGAUGCAGACGAGUGAUCCUUGAAAAAUGUAAUCCAACAUAUUCUGCAGCAAUUAAGGAACGAAAUCUUGACGAGUCAGCUAGCUGAAAUGGAAGUAUUAUACAUGUACAAAAAAAUAUCAACGAGGGUACGCGAGUUUUCGAGCUGCCAUUAAAUCUUUUUUUCUAUUUCAAUAAUUCUAAUAAAUAAAAGUCUGCACUCAAA